UGUUUCCAUCCAGAAAAACCUGUGGCCUUCGUCCCUCUCAGGACUUCCACAUAUCAAGGAUCGCAGCUUAGCAUUGAGUAACACUGUCCAAUGGCUCAGCCCCAAGGGAAACUGAUGAAUCCGAUCAGGAGGCCGAUCUCUGCAGCUUCAUCCUUUCAUCAGUCGGCGGCAACGCAUCUCCAGCAAGUGGUCACCUUGGCCCAGAGGAAUGGAGUUAACAGGAGGUGCCUUCUCACUCUGCUGAUAUCCACUGCAGCCAUACCAGACGGCAGUGAAUCAAGAAAGGCUCUACUGCAAGAGUAUCGGAAGAAAUCAAAGGAGAACAAAGAAAAGAAUGACAAGGAGAGGCUGGAUGAUUACUACAAGAGAAAUUACAGGGACUACUUCGGGCUCAUAGAAGGCCCCGCCAGAGAGAAGAAAGAGGACGAGCGCACGGAGUCGGAGAAAAGAAUCCUCGAGUGGCUUGACAAGAACAAGUAGUUCAUGAUCUGGAGAAAUGUGUGCCAAAAUUCUGUCAGGGUUUUUCGCUUGUUCCAGUUCUUGCUUUAGCUAUGGCGCUUUGUAAGAAGCACGUCUGGUUCGAAAGUUGUAUGUUUGUUCCCAAUUAAGGAUGCAUGCUUUCUUAAAAAUUAGCGUCUUUUUUCUUUUAUAGUUAUUGGGCUUGCUA